AUGAGUGCCCAGAUCAAGGAAGUAGUUUCUCAAUGCAGUGUUUGCGGCAAAUUUGGUUCGUCUCAAUCGCCAGCACCGAUGCAAAGCCACCCUGUCCCUGUGUACCCAUUCCAAUUGGUCUCAAUGGACGUUUUCUUCGCGGAAUACCAGGGAAAGAAUCGUAAAUGGCUAGUUACCGUGGACCACUUCUCAGACUUCUUUGAAGUUGACCAACUGAAAGAUUUAACCCCAAAGUCAACAAUUGCUGUGUGCAAAUCUAAUUUCUCACGACAUGGUAAACCACAGCAGGUCAUUUCAGACAAUGGAACAAAUUUUGUCAACAGAGAGUGGAAACAGUUCGCGAGAGAUUGGAACUUUUACCAUACUACAUCUGCACCACAUCAUCAACAAGCCAAUGGAAAAGCUGAAGCAGCAGUGAAAAUAGCAAAACGGUUAUUGAAGAAGGCAGAGGAAGCGCAAAGCGAUUUUUGGUACGCGUUGUUGCACUGGAGAAAUGUACCUAACAAAAUUGGUUCCAGCCCUGCUACACGAUUAUUCUCCCACAACACACGCUGUGGCAUACCUACGUCUGCCAACAAUCUGAUGCCAAAGCUGGUAGCAGGAGUGCCACAAGCGAUCGAAGAGAGAAGACGGAAGACUAAACUUCAAUAUGAUCGGAAAACAAAAAAUUAA